GUGGAACAGCUGACCGUGCAGUGGGUGGUGCAAGGGACUGCUAUCUAUAUCGAACAGCAACAAACCUGACAGCCAAAAUCUUCCGCUAGCAAGCCUUCUUAAUUUAAGUUUUUGGCGUGGCAACGAUAGUCAGUCACACCCAAACAUGGCGGACACGGAUCCCAAGUCGGUGCAGGACCUUACCAAUGUGGUCCAGACGCUGCUGCAGCAGAUGCAGGACAAGUUCCAGACCAUGUCAGACCAGAUCAUCGGGAGGAUCGAUGAGAUGAGUACGCGAAUUGAUGACUUGGAGAAGAACAUCGCUGACCUGAUGACACAGGCUGGUGUGGAAGAGAUCGAGGCACCGCCAGAGAAGGCUAAAGAGGGACAAGGCUCAUAAUGAAGGUCCCUCACCCCGAUGUGAAGUCGGUCCCACUUUCAGGAGCAGCAGACUUUUCUUUUGUGAAACUGAAUUCUAUUGAUUUGGUGUGUAGUAGUGUGAGAUGCUUUUUUAUAUAUUGAAUAUUGUGAUAAACGGUUACAGUAAUGACUUGAAAAGUUUAACCAUGUUUGUUAGAGUAGUGUGACAUGCCCUUCUGAACUAAAAUUGCUCGUGUGCAGGAAUGCAGUUUGUGGAUUUUUCGUUGACCUGCAGGUUAUUUGGCAGCCAUCAUCGAUCAUAAGUAAUUAAAUCCCAGGAGAUGAUGGCUGAUGGGACAGUUUUGCCUUAGUCUGUGCUGAAAAGUACAUCUCAUCAGACUGGGGGAACGGGCACAGCAAACAUCUGACGUUGCAGUUUUUCACAAACAGCUCUGCUACUACCGACAAUGGGAUGCAUUCCAAAUCUGAUUUUCUUCUAUUAAAGUUAUUUAAUACGAAGCUGGUUGUCGUGUAUAUUGCAUAAUAAAUAUCUAGCCAGAUGCUUAGUGAAUUUUUAAAAAUCUAA